GUAGAAUUGACAUAUCCUUUAAUUGCACUUAGCACUAUUUGAGAAAACUGUUUUUUCCUAAUAUGAAGCUUUAUCGAGCAUACUUUCUGAUGGGUUGUGCAUGUGGUAAAGAAGUUAUUAAUGUGAAUGGUAAUUCAUAUACAAUAAAAACGAGAAUAGGAACUGGGGGUUUUAGCAUAGUGGAUUUAGUUCAAGAUCAAAAAUCACAUCGUUUCUAUGCUCUGAAGAGAAUACCUUGCCACAGCAAAGAAGAUGAGCGAAAUGCGAUGAAGGAAGCUGAGUACCACAAUAUGUUCAACCAUCCAAAUAUUAUUGAAUGCAUUGAUGUUGCAUUAGCUGAAAGGUAUGAUGGACUCAACCCCAACAAAAGUGAAGUUAGACUUCUUCUGCCAUAUUAUAGAAAGGGAACAUUGCAAGAUGAGCUUACAGUACGGGCAAAGAACAAAAGUUACAUAUCAGAAGAAAGGGUUUUAAGAAUUUUCAGGCUGAUGUGUGAAGGCAUCAAAGUAAUGCACAAUGCUCAACCGCAUCCUCUAGCUCACAGAGACAUUAAGCCGGCUAAUGUUCUGAUGAGUACUGAUGACUCUCCAGUGUGGAUGGAUUUUGGUUCAAUGGGCAAAGCACGGCAAGAAAUUCGGAAAGCUACGGAGGCCAGAAUUCUGCAGCAAGGAGCGAACCUGGAACCCUCCAGCAUCAGGUAA